GUCAAUAUGGCUGGCGUUGAUGCAAUUAAUUCUUGUGGAGUCUGAGAGUACACAGCUCCGCCUGUGUAGGAUAUCUGAGCAGAAACGAUUACAGACUAGGAGGAUCCGUCCAAAGGUUUCGAGACUCGCAGCGAUUGAGAAGAUAGGGAGGACCUGAGCGAAAUCAAACCCAGAGGGCCUCGAUAAAUUGACGUCGUCUCGCGAUCUGAGAUCUCCGCCGCACAUAUCCUCGAUCCCUCCGCCGUCACUCCUUUCGCGUCCUCUUCCUUACACCCAUCCAUAUCAAGAGCCCCUCCGAGCCCUAAUCCCCCUACUGAUCUGAUAUUGGGCUUUUCUUCUCCGCUUUUUGCUGCUGCUGCCUACGAGAAUACAAUCCUCAUAAAGGAGCUCGGAGUUGGUCAUUGGGACCUCGAAUAGGAGUGAGGAAGGGGAGGAAGAAGAGCCGGUGAGCGCGAGGGAUGAAGAAUUACGGACUCCGGCUUCGAUUUCCGCUGGUGCAGAAGACCUCGAAGCCAGCUCCUCCUCGCCCUUCCCUUCCUGCCUUCGCUUUCGACGGCGACGACGACGAGGAUGACAUCGAGAGGGAAAUCUCACGGCAGGCGUCCAAGAACAAGUCUCUCCGGAAGAUCAAGGAGCAGAACAAAAAGGCAAUGGAAGAGGAUCCCACGGUCUUCGACUACGACGGGGUUUACGACGAGAUGAAAGGGAAGAUUGCGCGCCCCAAGGUUCAGAAUCGAACGGAGAGAAAGUCAAAGUAUAUAGAAACACUUAUGGAGAGAGCAAAACAACGUGAGCGGGAACAUGAAAUUGUAUAUGAGAGGAAGCUGCUGAAAGAGAGGAGCAAGGAUGAUCACCUUUUUGCAGAUAAGGAAAAGUUUGUAACCGGUGCCUACAAGAAAAAGCUAGCAGAACAAGCAAAAUGGUUGGACGAAGAGAGGCUGCGCAAAAUUCGUGAAGAAAGAGAUGAUGUAACCAAGAAGAGUGACGUGAGCGAUUUUUACUUUGGGCUCGGUGAGAAUGUAGCUUUUGGUGCUCAGUCAGAAGAUGCCACAAAACGGAAGGAACAAAAGCCACCCGGAGGCACUUCAGCGGUACCUGAACAUGGCCCUACUGAGAAGAAUGCACAGACAGAUUAUACUCGGGAUAUAGAGAAAGUUGAUACUCAAGCCAAGACUUCUAGUCAUACACAGAACAACUCUGAGCAAGCUGCAAAGUUAACAACAUUAGAUGUAACUGUAAAAGAUUACGAUGAUAGUGAUAAAUUGGCAGCUGUGUAUCAAUCAACUGAACGUUACACGAGAGGUGAUGACGCAUUGGCUUCAGCAAGAGAGCGUUUUAUAACUCGAAAGAGAGCAAGACAGCAGUUGGAAAGCAGUUGUUUCGUCUCUAUUUAGCACUUAUAUCUGGAGUUAAAAUUGGUAUUCUCUGAUGCCAUUUAUAGUAACCUCAUCGGUUAUUUAGUUUUUGAGGAACUCAAGAAGUGCACCUCUUGGUAAGUUUGCUGUAAGCAUUUCUCCAAAAUAAG